AAAAAUAUAUUAAUAUUGUGCAGUAUUUUAGUUGUAGUGGGUAUAGUAGCAGUUAUUGCCUUUCCCAAAUUAAUGCAGUCAAUGAUUAAGAAACAAAUAAAUCUAAAACCCAAUUCGGAAACUCGCCAAAUGUGGGAAAAAUUUCCAAUUUCUAUAAAAUUUUCCAUAUAUGUGUUAAAUGUGACCAAUCAUCAAGAAGUGGAGGCAGGUGGCAAGCCUAAGUUGCAAGAAGUGGGACCAUUUGUGUUUGAUGAAUGGAAAGAUAAAUACGACGUAGAAGAUAUUGAGGCCGAAGAUGCUGUGGAAUUCAAUAUGCGUAAUACAUUUAUUUUUAGACCCGAUUUGGGUUUAAGUGGCGAAGAACUAAUCAUAAUGCCUCAUCCUUUAAUACAGAUCAUGGCCAUUUCCAUAAAACGCGAUAAAGCUCCCAUGUUAAAAAUGAUCACUGAAGGUUUAGAGGAGAUUUUUAAACCGCAAAGUGCUUUUAUUGCAGCUCCUUUUAUGGAUGUUUUCUAUAGAGGUUUCAAUGUGGAUUGUUCUAGUAAUAAUUUUGCUGCUAGUGCCAUUUGUUUGAAUUUUCAUACGGGCAACGUUAAGGGAGGAGUUCAAUAUAAUGAGACAAUGUUUAAAUUUUCAUUGUUGGCAGCGAGCAAUCACAGUGAUGCUGGACGCUUUAAAGUCUCUCGUGGCAUUAAAAAUAAUCGCAUGUUGGGUCAGGUCUUAGAGUUCGAAGGAGAUGAAGAACUAAACGUUUGGCCAGGUGAGGAGUGUAAUAAACUAAAAGGAACUGAUUCUACUAUAUUUGCUCCGCUAAUGAAGCCCAGUGAAGGAUUAUGGACAUUUUCACCGGAUUUAUGUCGAUCACUGGGGCCACAAUAUCAAAAGAAAGUUAUAUAUAAUGGUAUACCCGCUUUCAGAUACACGAUGGAUUUUGGAGAUGUAAAGAACGAACCAGAAAAUCAUUGCUUUUGUAAAGAUUAUCCCGAUAAUUGUCCAGCCAAGGGUACUAUGGAUUUAUCGUUUUGCAACGAAACGCCAAUGAUUGCAUCAAUGCCACAUUUUCUAAAUGCUGAUCCGAAAUUACUAGAAGAUGUUGAGGGUUUACAACCGGAUGAACGGAAACAUGGCAUUUAUAUAGAUUUUGAAAUUAUAUCUGGUACACCCUUAUCUAUAGCUAAGCGUUUACAAUUUAAUUUGGAUGUGGAACCUAUUGAAGAAUUGCCUGUUAUGAGUAAACUUAAACCUUUGGUAAUGCCUUUAUUUUGGGUAGAAGAAGCUGUGGAUUUAGAUAAAAGUUUUACGGAUCUAAUCAAAUCGAAAGUGUUUACAACCAAAAAAAUUGUUAUGGUUUUGAUGUGGAAUCUCGUUGUUAUCGGCUUGUGCGGUGUAAUAUUUGCUGGAGUUAUGUUGUAUGUCCGGAAAAAUGAUAAUAUGCAAGUUUCAGAUAUUAAUUCAACGGUUAAAACCAAUUAA